CCCAUGAGUUCCGAGAUGAUGAAAUGUGCUCACGUCUAAUUACCCCUCCUUCUGGUGACCUCCCGAUGGCCUCUGCAGUUUACUCUCGUCGCUCCGUUCGCCCAAUUUUACCCCUCUGUCCAUCUCUGACACUCGUAAAGCAUCCAGAAAUCGUUCUCGAAGAACCGAAACAGACUCAAACAAACAUCAGAAUCAGCUCCGGCUCUCACACAAUAACACCAUGGCCGCCUCACCGUACACGUUGCCCAAGCUUCCCUACGCUUACGAUGCCCUCGAGCCUCACAUCUCAGCCCAGAUCAUGGAGCUGCACCACAGCAAGCACCACCAAGCAUACGUCACGAACCUGAACAAGGCCAUCGAGACCUACAACGCCAACCCGCUGCAGAACCGCAUCGCCGUCCUCGCCACCCUCAACUUCAACGGCGGCGGCCACAUCAACCAUUCCCUCUUCUGGGAGAAUCUGGCCCCGGCUUCGAGCCCGGACGCCUCGCCCUCGGCGGCGCCCGCGCUCACGGCCGAGAUCACGCGCGUCUGGGGUGGCCUUGACCAGUUCAAGCAGGCCUUCAACGCCGCGCUACUGGGCAUUACCGGCAGCGGCUGGGGGUGGCUCGUCAAGGACGACGUGACGGGCCUCAGCAUCGUCACGACCAAGGACCAGGACCCCAUCACCAAGGGCGUGCCCGUCUUUGGCGUCGACAUGUGGGAGCACGCGUACUACCUUCAGUACCUCAACGGAAAGGUGGCGUACGUCGACAACAUCUGGAACGUCAUCAACUGGAAGACGGCCGAGUCGAGGUUCUCGGGGUCCCGUGAGGACGCUUUCAAGGCACUCAAGGCAGUUCUCUAGAUCAACAAUUUUUACUUCGUUUGCAUAUCGGUGGACCCGAGCUCAACACGACCAAGCCUCUUAUGAUAAUGCAAGAGUAGAAGCAAGGGAGGCGCUCAUUUUAAGGUACAAACAGACCGGUUUGCGAACAGCUUGAUGAUAGCCUCCUCAUGCAGCUCAACAAAAGAAGAAAUUUCCUUAAAA